CUUUAUAUCUCUUGCUUUUCUCUCCAUCUCAUUUUCCACUCCCUAAUUUUCUCUCUCCUAUUCUGCACUGGUUGUUUUGAUUCGGAUUUUUUUGGUACCUGGUGUGCCCAAACACCGACCUCCUAUCUCUCUCAUCUCAUCUCAUCUCUCUCUCUCUCUCUCUCUCUCUCUCUCUCUCUCUCUCUCUCUCUCCCCUUUUCAACAAAGCAUUAUUCGAUUUCGUCUUGGCCUCUCUUUUCAACACCCCAUUUGUGCAAAUUGCAUUUAUCUCUGUUUUCUCAUUUUUCUUGCACGGCUUUUCCAUCUGACAAUCUCAACUUUCUGGUUUUUUUGCUCUGCAUCUCUCUAAAAAAAGAAGGCAAUUGCAAAUGAAGAAGUUUGUACUGAAGUUGGAUUUGCCUGAUGACAAAGCCAAGCAGAAGGCUCUCAAGACAGUCUCUACUCUUUCAGGCAUCGAUUCCAUUGCCAUGGACAUGAAGGAUAAGAAAUUAACAGUGAUCGGAAGCGUGGACCCGGUGACUGUGGUGAGCAAGUUGCGCAAGUAUUGGCAAACAGAUAUAAUCUCAGUAGGACCAGCAGUAGAGCCUAAGAAAGAGGAACCAAAGAAGGAAGAGCCCAAGAAAGACGAACCAAAGAAAGAAGAAGAGGCGAAGAAGGAGGAGCCCAAGAAAGAAGAACCCAAGAAAGAAGAAGAAGCCAAGAAGGAGGAGCCGAAGAAAGAAGAAGAGAAGAAGGAAGAAGAGAAGAAGAAAGAGCCAGACCCCGUCUUGGAGCUCGUCAAGGCAUACAAAGCGUACAACCCCCACAUGACCAAAUACUACUAUGUGCAAAGCAUGGAAGAGAAUCCGAAUUCAUGCGUUAUUUUCUAGGCAAGCAAGCUUCUUGAAUCCUCGAACGAGGGACUCAAAAUCUUCCCAAUGCGAAUUGGAGGCCAAAACCCCAAGAAAGUAGGAGCUGCAUCUGUAUAUAUAAGAUGCUCUUUGCCUCAUUGAAAUGUUGCAAAACAUUACUAUUGUGUGUAGAGCAAAUAAAUGUAUUUAAGUUUUGUUGUCACCACAUAAUUGUACUCUCGAGUCUUAUUAUGGUCUGUAAUGCUUCUCUUGGGAGCUUGAGCUCGCCAAUUUGGUAAUUUUUUUUUACUGUGGGUAAAGAAAAUGGAAAAUUUCAUUUUCUUUGGUUUGUAGUUAAUAUUUUGUAGGGCACAGGUGUAUUAAAUAAAGCGAAGGUAACUCUCAUUUUCUUCAGUUUGCAUGGUGGGUCAUGUGAAUGUAUUCCUUUCAGGUGUUUCUUUGUAUUUGUCUGUGAGCUUGUAUGUCUAUAUGCUUUAUUAAAUGAAACUGAAGGCUCAUGGAGUCA